UCAUAUUUAAUAAUUCAUCAAUAAAUAGUCUCACAUCCUAGCCAACUGCCCCUUCCUCCUUGUUUCCAAAUCUCCCGUCUGCUGCAGCUGUCCAAAAAUGUCAUCCAACGGAAGUAAGCGAGUCAGUUUCAGCCCUGAUGUCCAUGAGAAGCCCAUUUUCUUCCCUAAACAUGGCGGUGGAAUCAGAGUAGCUACACAUAGGAAAAGGGUUGCCGGAAUCUUCAGCUUUAGGUUGCCCAGAAGCUCCAAAUUUUCUCCAGCAAGAAUACUCCGGCGACUCAGCGCUAAGGUAGCUAGAGUUUUACGUUUUGUGUCUAUGAGAAGGAAGUCUUCUCGCAAGGUGUCUUCAGCCAGUUUGGCAAGAUCAAGAUCUCUUGCAGAUGCAAUAGACUCUCAGAGAGCUGAAGCUAUAGAAGAUUGUAUCGAGUUCUUAAAUUCUUCUUCCUCUUUGCAGAGGUCAAAUUCAGUUUCUACAAAUUCUUGCUAGAAUUUUCGCAAUUGAUAUAUGUAAAUGAAAGAAAACAAGAAGUUUAUUAUUCUUUA